AUGCGCGACCUUCAGUCGAUGGAUACCGAAUGUCGCAGCAACGGCGACAUCGACAACCUCCCUUUUGUGGAAGAGGCGUUGCGAUAUACUUCCGGGCGGCUUGCCAAGAGCGACAAUGUUUGCAAAACUGGAACGCAUGAAUACAUCGCUCCUCCUUGUGCAAAAGGGAAGCAGCAUGAAAACGAGAGUGGUGAUGCGUAUUCGUUUUACCAGAUCGCGAAUGGGACGUACGUGAUUCUUCACCCGUUAAACGUAAAGUGUCUACUGAAAGAGUUCUCGGACCAGCAGCAGCGCGAGGAACAAGGCGAAAGUCCGGACGACGCGCAUAAAACGGAUGUAGAAGCUGUCUGGAGUGAAGAGGUAGCGAGUUUGGAGCCACUGCGUCCGACCUGCUACCACCUUCUUCCAGAACGAAUCAACGGACGUGUAUUAGACAUCGAGCACAUGGUCAUGGACGACGAAGCACUGAAGCGCUACCGUUUCCUGAGCCAUCUACCACGUUUUUGCGAUUUCUACAUUUGCGAGCUCGAUCUGACGUCUCAGCUUUCGACAUCGACGCUUAGUGCGUUUCACCAUGAACUCAAGAAGCGCUCCAAGCAACGGAAGCAAAAACUGAAGCUGCAGAACGCGACGACUCCGUUAUCCCCGAUCGCCAAAAGGGGCGCGUUGGCGUUUUCGCUCGAGCAAGAAGGAACAGGGUGGCCAUCUCCGUAUGAACAAGCGCUGGUUGAGUCUUUGGAAGAAGCUGCUCUAGAUGAUUGCUCUUUGAGUACUGCCGAGCUCGAAAGCCGAACUUAUGCAUUGGUGGUGGAGGAGGAGCAGCAGCAGCAAUCGUUUGAGAGAAGGACGGAAAACUUUGGAUUGUUUCCAGCACUCGGAGGUGCCGCUACGAGCGACGCCAGACUUUCUGGUACGAAUCCCAUUGGAUUCGGGUCACCGUCUGCCUGGGGCAGUGCGUCGAGCAGUCCAUUGGCACUAGCGCGGAUGCCUGGCAAGAAGAAGAAAGGAGCGAGCAAGAAAGGUGUUGCUUUGUUUUCGACCACACAGCGCCGUUCGUAUCGCUAA